GCCAUUUUGUUAGCUAGCCUGAGGUUACAGAGGUUAGCUGCGUACCGCUGCAAGUAGUCACUGUGAGCUGACCAUUUCGUACUUUAAUUUCAUCGAAUAAGAUACCUUGUCGAUGUUGUCAUUUGCGAGCAGUUUUUGCACACACGCACGUAGACAAAAGGGAGACUCGUGCUUUUGUUGACAGUAAACGCAGCGGGAAACUGGAUGGUCAUUCAUUUUUCAAGCGGUCUGGAGUUUGCUAGCUUGUUAGCUAGCUAGCUGGCUAACUUGUUUACUCGUGCUGCCCGCGUAGAAGAACAGUCAACUUCUAGUAUUAAUGGCCACGAGCUAUUAAAUGUUAUAGAAUUGUGGAGCGAGCGUUAGCCCUUCACAAAGUGUGUCUAUUUGCGUUUGACUGCUAUUGCAUUUCAGUUGCGUCACUAAGCUAACAGAAGUAAACUUCGGCAGAGAUCGACGCUGCGAACCCGUGUGUAUCACAAAGGUGUUUAGUGGGAACUUGAGCUCCAUCAGCUGAUUCCACUUGGCCCAGAGCUCAGCCAUUCGGACACCAUGUCGGAGUUGUAUAUUCGUGUGGCUGAGGAUGAAAACGAGGAGCCCAUGGAGAUCCCAUCGGAGGACGACGGCACUGUUUUGCUGUCAUCAGUAGCGGCUCAGUUUCCAGGGGCGUGCGGGCUGCGGUACAGGAACCCGGAGUCCCAGUGCAUGAGGGGGGUCCGGCUUCUGGAGGGGGUCCUGCAUGCUCCCGAGAACGACUGGGGAAACUUGGUCUAUGUCGUCAAUUACCCCAAAGAUAACAAAAGGAAGAUGGAGGAAAUAGACGCUGCCUCAGCCGUGAAAAUAAAAAGGGGCUUUCAGAAGACAUCAGAUCUCAUUGUCCUCGGGCUGCCAUGGAAAACAACAGAACAAGACCUUAAAGAUUAUUUCACUACAUUUGGGGAAGUCAUCAUGGUGCAGGUCAAGAGAGAUGCAAAGACUGGCAACUCAAAAGGCUUUGGGUUUGUCCGGUUCACAGACUAUGAGACGCAAACCAAAGUGAUCGCUCAGAGACACAUGAUAGAUGGACGAUGGUGUGACUGCAAACUUCCCAACUCAAAGGCGUGUCCUGAUGAGCCCAUGCGGAGCCGUAAAAUCUUUGUUGGCCGCUGCACAGAGGACAUGACAACUGAUGAACUGAGGCAGUACUUCAUGCAGUAUGGCGAAGUCACUGAUGUCUUUAUCCCAAAACCUUUCCGAGCGUUUGCUUUUGUCACAUUUGCUGAUGACCAGGUUGCCCAGGCCCUGUGUGGAGAGGACUUGAUCAUCAAGGGCGUCAGUGUGCACAUCUCCAAUGCUGAGCCCAAACACAAUAAUAGUAGGCAAAUGAUGGAUCGAGGGCGGUUUGGGGCUGGUGGGUUCAGUCAGGGAUAUGGCAGUAAUCGCGGUGGGCUAGGCAGUGGUAGCGGUGGGGUUAACUUUGGGGCUCUCGGCCUUAACCCGGCAAUGGUGGCUGCUGCCCAGGCAGCACUGCAGAGCAGUUGGGGAAUGAUGGGCAUGCUGGCUAACCAGCAGGGCCUGACCACGACGGCAGGCACAGCCACCACGACCCGAGACCAGACCUAUAGCUCUGCCAGCACCAGUUACAGCAGCCCCAGUUCAGCUAGCCUCGGCUGGGCUGCAGGCACUAAUACCGCCUCCAGUAGCGGCUUCAGCUCUGGCUUUGGCAACUCUAUGGAGUCUAAAUCUUCUAGUUGGGGAAUGUAGAUAGCUUUGAGUUGACCUUUUUUUGUUGUUGUUGUUGCUAUUAGGUUAAUCUGGUAAGUAUACCUAUGGGGGAACUGCUUAUAUCUUACGUUCCUAUUAUUUAAAGAUACACUGCCUUUUAUUUUGUUAAAGAGAAAAUUUAUACUUGCGUGUGACUGAUUAUGUAGUCAUGCAUUGAAUGGGUGAAAAGUUUGUAAGUGGAAACUGCCACACUCCCUUGUUUUGGUUUUGAGAAAAUGUUACACUGUGCAUGCAAGAUAAGUAUUUAUAAACAUGCACGAGUAUGUCGAGAGCCCCUUCAGCCACCUGUAAACUGGGCUUGAUAUAAGUAUAGUAUAUGUGUAUGCAGUUGAUUGCAUCUUUUUGUUUGUUUUUUGUUUGACGUCUUUUGGAAACGCCUUCAUGAAAAUCUCUUCUGCAGUUCACCAACUCUUUCCCCAAUUCCCGGGAGGAAGCGCCUCAUUGGCAGCAAUGUUCGCCAGAUCUCAGUAUCAAUUCCCCUCUUCCCAUGUGUAAAUGCUUUGUCAUCAAAGAACACAGCUUCACUCUUCAUAUACUGUGUUAGACGGUGGGUGUUGUCUUUUUUUCCUCUCCCCUUUUUUUAUGGAUAUAAAAAUCGUGUCUGCUCUUGUUCGUUUUUUCGAGAUCAAUGAGUGGGAUUGAUGUUGGACCGAGUGAGAGUGAGCGAACGGGAGAGCAAGAAAGCACGUGUGAGAAGGACUGACUGUGCACAUUUCUUUAAAACAGACAAAUGCCUGCAAGAGUUGAGAAGAACUUGGCUUUUGUGCGAGUGUGAGAGGAAGAAGCAAGUACGAGUGUGUUCCUAAUGGCCAUCACAAGGACUCUUAAUUGCGUCUCGAGAUCCCUAUGGUCUCUGCUUUCACUCAUCGUUUUCUAUCAACUUUAAUUCUUUAAAAACACAGUGAAAUGUCAAGUGCUAUGAGUAUUUGUAUUCUUUCGUAGCUUCUUCUUGCUGUCUGAUUUGAUGUGAGUGCUUUGAUGUGUCUGACUGUGCUUUAUUUUUUCUCCUUGUUAUCACCCUCUGUGUGUGAAAAUGUGACUUUGUGCUGAGGUCUGUCUGGGGGAAAACACUGAAAGUGUGUUGAAGUUUGGAAGUGAGCUCAGAGGUUGAAAGUUUGUGUUUGAAGUGGUUAUGAAUGCAUUUUCUAUGUUUUGUGAAUCAAAGGGAAGUCUGAAAUAAAACUGAAUUUGACUAGGUAUGAUA